CUUACAUUUUUAUGCAGUGCGCAUGCCUUUCUCGCCACAAUUGCAAAAUUGUUAAAAAAAUGUUGGCUCUGUUCAAAAUUAGAAUUGUCACUUCCUUGGUGAUCAGUUGCGCAUGGGUAACGGUAACAGCCGAACAACUGCGCAAUUCAAGAUGCGAGAAUAAUGUCUGCAACUGCGCCUUCGGUACACAGGAGGCAGUUUUGGGCGGCCUUAAGUACUGUCUUAGCAGCUGCCCAAAACACGCUGUUCGAUUAUCGUUUCGGAUAUGUGAAUGCCGGCAAGGAUAUCAAUACAUUGACGAGCAACGUACAAAGUGUGUGCGAACGAAUGAGUUUGGUGGGGAUAAGGAGAAUCGCGUCGAUGAAGUUGCCGACCCAUUAAGUGGUACGGCCGCCAGCACUACAUCAAGGAUAACUACCAACAAAGCGAUAACUGCUGAUACUAACACCACAGGGAACUCAUACGAUUUUACGACGACCACUGAAACUAUUUCAAACAGUGGAGCUACAAAUACAACUAAUCGGGGAGAAAAUGUGAAUGUGAACAGUGUUGGUGAUAUUGAAGAUAUAUAUCUCUGGAUUGGUGCGUUAGUAAUGGCCUUGGUUUUGUUAGUGUUGAUAGCCUUUCUAUUUAUAUCACGCAAUUGAUUUGCAUUAGCAAAAUAUUAUUGCAUAAUUAUAUUUUAAUUGUUAGCAAUAGUGAUUCUUCUCUCGCUUAGUCCGCACAACAAAGAAACUUAUUUACUUGAACAUCAAGCGCCACAUUUCCUCACUGUUCAUCCGAUUUUAGACCCUGUAUAAUACGCACUCUCGCCGCUGUACAUUGAUGCACUCAUAUCUUAUGUUUCUUAGAGACAACUAAAAAUAAAAUAUAACAAUUCUAAGUAAAGGAAUUUGUAAAAAGGUUGCCAUUAAAUAAAUUCGUAUCUACUAAAAUUACAUAAAUAAGAAUUUUAUAUUUUGCCGAUUUUAAUAUUAAUAAUAAUGUUUU